UGCUCCUCCUUUGCAGAAUUAGCCAUGGUUGAGUCACAUCACAAUCCAGUCUGGGUAGACUUGGGUUCACACUGGGUCACCUCGCAUACUCUUGUGUUCUCCCUUGGCAAUGGCACCUCCGGGGCAUUCACAUUUUGGAUCACAACUCCCAGAAUCUGGGUCUCAUUUGCUAUGCUCUGGAUUGCCCUGCAGCCAGUUUCUUUAGUGAAGAUAUGCUUUGGCUCAUGGGCAUCAUCUGGGUAGUAUAUUCCUUUCUGCUGCAUAGCCAUGGAGAUGCAUUGGCAUGGGCUGUUGGGUGGCACUUUCUCUCUUCCAGUGCAUGGCAAGGAGCCAGGGAGUUUGCUGGGAGUCAAUAAAAAGAUGUUAGGUUUUAGAUGGAUCUGGUUGGACUGGAGAAGAACUGAGAACACCUGAAAAUGAAAGGGAAAUGGGAAUUUCCCCAGUAAUUCUUACAGAGUGUAACAUUUGGGAAAUUCAGGUGGUUUUGUAGGGAGAUAAGAACUUGAGAGGGCACUAUUAUUUGCUGUGUACCAGUCCAUCAAGGCAGCAGAUUGAUGCAGCACAAGUGGAGGAUAGAACCUUUUCUGCUUGACCAAAAGCUGUAUGCCAUCCUCAUGACUAUGGACAACCAACAAUCAGCCAUGAAAGAUGACGUGGGAAAGGCAGUCCGCUUUCUCUGUCGUAUAGUGAAGACCCGGAAUGAGAAAGUGGACAAAGAGCGGGUGGACAAGUUUGGUGAGCACCUAAUUGCCAUUUUGUGUGAGCGUUACACUGGCCAUUGGUACCCGGAGAAGCCUAUGAAAGGACAGGCCUACAGGUGUAUCCGGAUAAAUAGGAAUUCCCCUGUGGACGAAUCACUCUUGAAAGCUUGCAAAGAGAGUGGUUUGGAAUAUUCAGAAUUAAAAUUACCCCGGGAAUUCACACUCUGGAUUGAUCCUGGAGAUGUCUGCUGCAGACUCAGUGAGAGCUCCCAGCAUUUCACGGUGAAGGAAGAAGAAGAGAGCAGUAGCAGCAGUGGCAAAACAACACCUGAGAUGGAGACAUCAGACUACCAUUCUGAGUCUCCCACAUCGGAAUUCUCUUCGGAAGAUGAGGGGAAGGCUAAGCUAUUAGCAAAUUCAGGAGCUGUGAGCAAAUACCAGCCUGGGCAAAACAACAACAAACAGGUUACCCAGUAUUUCUACACUCCGUCACCAUUGUGGGUUCCAGGCCAUCAAAACGUUGUCAGCUACCUCCCAGCGUACCAACCUGUAGCCUUCUACUAUCCCGGCUUCAAUUUGAAAAAGCCUGUGCCCCGGAAACCCAACCCCAACCUGGUGAAGCGCCUCACCCAGCGGGCAUCCAAACCCUGAAGGACGGAGUGGCUGGGCAAAGCCGUCGGUCCCUAAGCCUUGCCCAGCUCUUUUUCAUGACAGGCCUAAAGUUGGGCAUUGUUUCCACUGACAAUGAGACUACAGUACGACCCCCGUAUCAGCAAGAACUGUGACCACAGUUUCACUUAAAUGCAUCAGUGCAAUUCUGUUGUCAACAUCCACCAGAAACAUAAGGUUUGCCGUUAUCCACCCGUGAUAAUUCUGGGGACAUCCCUUGCAGAUACGUGGGCCGUACUGUGUUACUUUUAUCAUAUUCCCUCAGGGAAGGUAUGCUAGAAAUUUUCCUCUAAUGGGGAGAAUCCUAGAUAGCUGGGUUUCUUAGUCUUGCCCUCUUGAGGGUGUCACUUUUGUUUCUAUGGUGCUGAACGACUGUAGCAUUCCAAUUGUCUGUGUUUUUUGUAGCACUUGUGUGUGCACCGAGAACCAGAGGCCUGGAUAGCCGUCUUGAAGGAAGGGGUAGAGAAAUUGGAUGUGGGGAAUAGGAUGUGGAUUCUUUUCCAGAGAGGGCAAGGGAGUAUCGUCCCUAGGUUUGAGCCAAAGAAGGGACUUAACUUUAACCACCUGGGACAGGAAUGACGUUUAGAGGGUAAAAACUACGCAUGGUCUCCACUUUGCUGGGUUUCAGUUUUUCCAGGGUAUGGGUUGCUUCUGUGAAGCUGGGAAACUGGUGAAGAAUGUCUCUGUGUUUAUGUGUAUGUAUGCUGCACUUUAAAAAACCUGUCAGUCCUGCUGCUACCAAAGAGGGGAGGGAGUGGUAUGGACCCUCUGUAUAAAUUGUACCUUUGGAUAUAAUCUAUUUUUGUACAGUCUGUCCUGCUUUGCCCACUUUUCUUGCUGUUGAAGUUAAACCACCCUUGCUCUUAUCCCUCAGUACUCGCUUCUGCAAUUUCGCCAGGUACAGUGCCUCUGCUUCCACCUUUUGGCUUAAAUACAGGUCGGAAUUUUGUGGCUCUCCAGAUGUUGCAAGUCCCAGCAUUCCUCGCCAUGAGUUAUAAAGGCUUCUGGAAGUGGCUGUUCUGCAACAUCUGGAGACACACAGUUCCCAGCACUGGCCUGAAUCCAUUUGUUACUCCUAACUUGAGUAGACCUAUUGCAUCAAAGGAGGAGACUUGGUUGAGCCAGUUUAUUAUGUUCCAUUGAUUCAACAUUUCUUCUCUCGUUGGGACUAACAAAAGAUUUAGGCUAGAUUAAGGGCUUAGAAACAUAAAAUGGAAAAGACAGCUGAGUGUCAAAUGUUAUACCCAAUAACACUUUUUAGGCCUGUACAGUGUGCUCUAGGGAUAACAUAUGUCUGUACAAAUAAUACUUACCUACCUCAAGUAAUGUUACUGUAAAGAAGAGUUUAAUUAUUAUAUAUUGAAGGAUUUUUAGACCUUGACUGGAAGUACUUGUUGGGCAAAGUAUUAUUGUCUAUAUGAAUGUUGGUUAAUAUAUGCCCUGUAAAUAACAGCGGGAUUUUUUUUAUUUAUAGGAUGAGCAUAAUUAUGUGAAUGUUUUAUCUACAGCUUGUUUUUAUGCACCAUUGAUACAAUGCAUUUUGCCUGUUGUUGGUUUUUUAACAAUCCUUUUUCUAUGGGAAAAAAAACCCUUUAAUAAAAAGACCACCUAAUGCAA